GAGCUAGCGGGGAGGACACGUGGUUUUGUAAACAGAAAAUCCCGACUGGAUAUAACUUCUGGAAAACUGAUCAUCAAGAAUGACGGACGUAGGAAAGAAGCGCGUUGUGUUGGCAUACAGCGGUGGACUGGACACAUCCUGUAUUCUUGUCUGGCUGAUUGAACAAGGCUUUGAUGUUGUUGCCUUCUUGGCUAACAUUGGUCAAGAGGAGGACUUUGAAGCUGCCAGAGAAAAAGCACUAAAAUUAGGUGCUAUUAAGGUAGUGAUCCUAGAUGUCCGGCGUGAGUUUGUGGAGGACUACAUCUGGCCAUCUAUCCAGGCCAAUGGUCAGUAUGAGGACCGGUAUUUGCUGGGCACAGCACUGGCCAGGCCCUGCAUAGCCAGAUCACAAAUAAUGGUUGCUAAGGAAGAAGGAGCAGACUAUGUCUCACACGGAGCCACAGGGAAAGGCAAUGAUCAGAUCCGGUUUGAACUGGCCUGCUAUGCCCUCUACCCCAAAGUGCAGGUUAUCGCACCGUGGAAACAACCAGAGUUUUACAACAGGUUUCAUGGCAGAAAUGAACUGUUCGAGUAUGCAAAACAACACGGCAUCCCUCUGCCAGUGACGCCCAAAUCCCCGUGGAGUAUGGAUGCUAAUCUGAUGCAUAUCAGUUUUGAAUCAGGAAUUCUGGAAAACCCCAAAACCCAUCGACCACCUGGUUUGUUUCAAAUGACCUCUGAUUUAGAGAAAGCUCCUGAUCAACCUGAAAAACUUGAAAUUGAAUUCAAGAAGGGGGUUCCGGUUAAAGUGAGGAAUCUGGAUGACGGCACAGUGAAAGAAGGAGCGCUUGAACUGUUUGAGUAUCUCAAUGUAGUCGGGAGCAAGCAUGGUGUUGGGCGUAUUGAUAUAGUUGAAAACCGGUUCAUAGGCAUGAAAUCAAGAGGUUUAUACGAAACACCAGGGGGCGCUAUUCUCCUAGCUGCUCAUAUGGACAUUGAGACAUUCACAAUGGACAGGGAAGUUCGACGACUAAAGCGGGAUAUGGAUGUAAAGUUUGCAGAACAGGUUUAUCGAGGUUUCUGGUUUAGCCCAGAGUGUGAGUUCCUUCGCUUCUGUAUUAGCAAAAGCCAAGAGUGUGUCGAGGGAAGCGUUCAGCUGUUUGUCUACAAGGGAGGUGUCCACAUACUGGGCAGAGAGUCACCACUGUCUCUGUACAACGAGGAGCUGGUCAGUAUGAAUGUACAGGGAGAUUAUGACCCCAGGGACGCGGCUGGCUUCAUCAGGGUUAAUGCUCUCAGGUUGAGGGAAUUCAGGCGACUGCGAGAAAAAGAUGCAUCCAAUGGCUGUGUUUGAAAUAGAGAACAAUGAUCUGAAAACUGGAUAACUCUUGAAAAGUGAAUUACCUGUCGUCAUGGUGAUGCCUCAUGGAUGUGAAGACUUGCGCAAGGAUGAUGUAUGAAAAAGGCUUUGCAACAUGGAGAUUUGACAGCCUUGGACAAAAUUGUCCCAGAGUGUGCUGUAUUAAACUUUCAGUGUUGUUAUGCUGGUAACAUGUUGAGGGAGUUCAUCAUAUUUGCAGCGUCGGAGCUUUGGGCAUGUUCAUUAACUGUAUGGGUGAGGAGUUUUAUGUAUAUGUAGAAUGGUUCAUUGCUAAGUUUUGCUUAAAGUGCUGCCUUACACCUGUUCAAAUUUUGGUUCAGAAUUUUUGGAAUAUGUAAUUAUUUAAGUGUUAUUUUGUCAAAUGAACAUUCAUUCAUUAAAGAGGUUAUACCGGAGAUUUGUGUGUUUUUUUGGGGGGGGGGGGAGAGAUCAGUGCAUAUUCAAUAAAAUUUCUGCUAUUUUAGAAUAGCCCAUGUAAAUACGGUUCAAAAAAUAUAUAUACCAGCCUUGUCUAGGAAUGUUUUACCUCUCAAAAUCGGGAUUAAAGUUCCGAAAAUUUACACUAUAACUCUUUUUAAAACCUAAGAAUCGUUUUAACACUAAAUAUAAUACAGGUUCGAAUCUGGUAUUCAAUGAAAGGUAAUAAUUUGAGCUGUUGUUGGUAAAUAUAGAAAAUUGGAUUUAAUACCCAGUACUGAAAUUUUUUGGGGGGGGGGAGCAAAAAGCCUCUGAUCUAGCCUGUUUAAUUUGAAAAAAUAUUUAGAAAAUUGUGUAAAUAUAUUAAUAUUCAUUUCAUCAUAAAGGGCAUGUUAGUGGAGAUAAACCAUGAAAAUAAAAAUGAGGAGUUGACUGAAUAAAUA